CAUCUUCAUCAACCACCCACUCUGUUCUUUUCGCCAUCUUAAUUGCUCUUCAUUCAACCAUUCCAAGCAUAACAAAAAAUUAUCUUUUCUAAUCGUUAACAAAGGGGAUAUUUGCAGUUCAGUUCAAUGCUCCAUUUUACUUUCUACCUCCAUCUCCUCUUCUCUGUCACUUUAGCUGGCAACUACUCAGUACCAUAUAACGCAACAGAUUAUAUUCUCCUCAACUGUGGUGCAUCAUCGUCUUCGUCAAAUACAGUUUCAGAAGAUGGCCGCAAAUGGGUCACUGAUGACCGGUCCAAAUUCGCUACUUCUAAUUCUGAGAGUGCUUCAAUGGCGUCCACAGCCUCCAGGCAAGAUCAUUCUGUUUCUCAAGUUCCUUGCAUGACUGCUAGAGUUUUUCAUGGUGAAUUCACUUAUAGCUUUCCCGUAUCACCUGGCCACAAAUUUCUUCGUUUCUAUUUCUACCCGGCUCAAUACUCUGAUUUUGAUGGAACCACUUCUUUCUUCUCUGUUACCGCCAAUAAUCACCUUCUCCUCAGCAAUUUCAGUGCCUAUUUAACUCUUUCUGGUGAAGAUGAUCAACAAGCCUCGCUGAUCAAAGAGUUUAUGAUUCCAUGUUUGGAAACCGAGAAGCUGAAUGUCACCUUUUUGCCAUCGCUCAACUCCUCGGCCUUUGUAAACGGUAUCGAAGUCGUUUCGAUGCCGAAGAACAUGUAUAUAAACCACCAAGAAAACUCUCUAAUUCCUGUAGGUACUAAAGGUUCCUUUGACAUUCCUGAUGCUACUGCUUUCGAAACUGUUUAUCGUCUAAACGUUGGUGGAGCAACCGUGGCUAACGUGAAUGAUACUGGAAUGUUUCGAACAUGGUUCGACGAUUCGCCUUAUAUCUUCGGAGCUGCAGUCGGAACAACUCCUAGUCGGUCUGACAAUGUUACGAUCAAAUACUCCGAGGAAACCCCGGGUUAUAUCGCUCCGGUUAUCAUCUACGACACGUCAAGAACAAUGAAUGAUGAUUCACAGAUCAAUAUGAAUUAUAAUCUCACGUGGAGCUUCUCUGUUGACACUGGCUUCAACUACCUCCUUAGGCUCCAUUUCUGCGAGACUCAAAUGGAAGUAACAGAGGAAGGUCAACGUGUCUUCGACAUAUUCAUCAACAAUGAAACUGCCGAGCUUAGUGCCGAUGUGAUACACUGGAGUGGUGGUAACAGCAUCCCGGUGUAUAGGGACUAUGUUUUGUUAAUUCCAACUGAAGGUGAAAGCAAGCAAAUUCUAUGGCUGGCGUUACACCCAAGCAAAGAUGUUGGCUCUAAGUAUGCUAAUGCAAUCCUGAACGGCUUAGAGAUUUUUAGACUCAACAAAUCAGACGGUAGUCUUGCAGUGCCAAACCCUCAAACCGAUCCGGGUCCUUCACCGAUGUUACCGAGUGUCGGUAAAACGAAAAAGAAGAGUUCACUGGUUAUGGUCAUUACCACAGCUGUCUUUAGUAGUUUAUUUGGCCUAUCUUUCAUCGCAUGCUCUUUAAUUUACAAGCUCAAAGUAAGGAGAGUGAAGGAUUCAGCUGUCAGCGUACAAAAAUCAUCAUGGGGGCAAGUACCCUGCCCAUCGAACUCCACAUGUGCAACCAGCGUUUCUUUACUGCCCUCCGAUCUUUGUCGCCGGUUUUCAAUCUUCGAGCUUAAAGAAGUGACCUUGAAUUUCGACGAUCAAUUCAUUAUCGGAUCAGGAGGAUUCGGUACUGUCUACAAAGGUUGCAUUGAUGGCGGGUCAACUAUGGUUGCAAUAAAAAGGUUGGAUUCAUCAUCAAGGCAAGGGAUCCGGGAGUUCCAAACCGAACUCGAGUUACUCUCCAAGCUCCGCCAUGUAAAUCUUGUGUCGUUGAUUGGUUUCUGUGAUGACCAUGGGGAGAUGAUUCUCGUCUACGAGUACAUGCAACGCGGGACACUUAGAGAUCAUCUUUACAAGACGAAGAAGCCUCCUUUACCGUGGAAAAGGAGGUUGGAAAUCUGCAUUGGAGCAGCCCGUGGAUUGCAGUACCUUCACGCAGGUGUGAAGCACCCAAUCAUUCACCGGGAUAUCAAAUCUACCAACAUACUAUUGGACGAGAAUUGGUUGGCCAAAGUUUCUGACUUUGGAUUGUCCAGACUUGGUCCCAUGUUUCAAAGCCAUGUCACCACUGUAGUAAAAGGAAGUGUCGGGUACGUCGAUCCUGAAUAUUACCGAAGACAACAAUUGACCGAGAAAUCCGAUGUUUACUCGUUCGGUGUGGUUUUAUUUGAAGUAUUAUGUGCUCGACAGUCCAUGAUUCCAGGGCUACCAAAGGACCAAGUCAGCCUGGCUCGAUGGGCCAAGAUUUGCCACGCUAGAGGAAACCUUGAAAGCAUCAUGGACCCCAACUUGAUGGGUGAAAUUUCACCUUUGUGCCUACAGAAAUUCGGGGCCCUCGCCGAGAGUUGUGUUCGAGAUGUGGGAACGGAGCGGCCGAUGAUGAACGAUGUGGUUUGGGGUUUAGAAUUUGCAUUGCAAGUGCAAGAGGCAACUGAGAGGGACAUGAACAUUGACAUGGGAGGCCAUGAAGUGAUCACGGAGUCGAGCCAAACCAGUCCAUUGAUGUCCAAAGGAGCUGGUAGAGGUACUACCACGGAUGACGAUAACGAAGAGUUGUUCAGUGUUUCCCGUGGGAAACUGUCGGAAUCGAGGAGCACGAUUAGCAGUGUGGGAAGGAGUGUUAGUCGAGGUGAUGCUGAUAGAAUCAAAUCGGAGAGUGUAUUCUCCGAGUUUAUGAAUGAUAAUGGGAGAUGAGAGUUGUCAAAUAUUGGGAUACUAUAUAUUUUCCCCGACUG